AUGCCCUCUACCAUUAACGACCAAGCCUUAGCGACACCAACUGUAGCUAUUCCUGUGUCGUCCAGCCCACUCAAUGCUGCGAUACCUGCUUCUCCCUCCCAAGCCGAAAAAGUCCGUGUUAUUUCUAAGCAUACCAUCCCCCAGACUCCCGUUAUACAUCCACUCACUGGCAAGUCUGUACAAUGUACAAGGUCAACUGAAACUCCUAGGGCUAUUGGUGCUCUUUCAAAAUACAUACCCUCCAAGGAUGGAGGGCUCAUGCAACACUUGAACUCGCCAAAUAUCUCAGAGUCGCACCACAGCAUUGCUGCCCAUUUGUCCGCCCUCCAGCCAAACAAGGAUUGUGAUGAUAGCGACGCUAGUACUACUGGUGAUGAAUCCACUGACUCCACCGAACUCAGAGAAGCUAGAGCCAUACUUGUUUUGGACGCCUCCAGAGCACAGCGAGACGUUUGUCUUGCAGAAAAAAGGCUUGCAGACUCCAUCAUCAAGGAGAAUGAUGCACUUGGGAGGCUAUACAGGUUCCAAGCAGGCGAAGCUCAGAAACAGCUCGUGAACGCCAACAUCGGUAUUGGUUAUAUACGCCAUUCCAUCCGCAAGAGUGGCAUCGCAUUAUUGGAGGAAUCAAAGCCCCGAAAACGUCGCCGCACCUCUGAAAGUCAAACUAAUGAUCUGGAUGUUGAACGUUCUCCGAGUCAACCACUGGUAGCCAACCCAGCCACGAUGCCAGAUCCUCUGAUGCUUGAACCUGAGCCCACUUGCAACUAUGACUCGGAGGCCUCUGUCAAAGGUUGA